CAGGAAACAAGAGUUGGAGAGUAGUCAGCCUCCCAAACAACCAGGAAAGCCACCGGACCCUGGGCGUCCCACUCAGCCUGGACUCAGUAAAAGCAGAACUACAGACACGUUUAGGGCUGAGCAGAAAUUGCCUGGAAGGAGCCCAUCUACUAUUAGCUUGAAAGAAUCAAAGUCCAGAAGUGAUUUUAAGGAAGAGUACAAGUCUAGUAUGAUGCCUGGUUUCCUCUCAGAUGUUAACCCUUUAAGUGCUGUCUCCUCUGUGGUAAAUAAAUUCAACCCUUUUGAUUUGAUAUCAGACUCAGAGGCAUCCCAGGAGGAAACUACACAGAAACAAAAAGUUGCUCAGAAGGAUCAAGGAAAAUCAGAAGGAAUCACAAAACCUCCCUUACAGCAGCCGUCACCCAAGUCAGUUCCUAAACAAGGGCCAGCGAAGGAAGUGAUACAACAGGAAAACGCUCUCAAGUCAGCAUCUUCUCAACAAACAGAAAAAAUAAAACCACAGCUCCCCAGCACAGGAAAACCUUCUCAGGCAUCUUCCCAGCUUCCACCGAUGGACCAAGCAAAGCUGCCUAUUCAAAGAGAUACAACCAGGCCUCAGACUAAACCUUCAGACCUAGGAAAGCCUUCCCAGCAGAGUCCAGCCAAAACACCAGCUCAGCAAGCAAGUCCUGGGAAAUCUGUAGCCCAACAGCCUGGACCUGCAAAGGCCUCAGUCCAGCAGCCAGGGUCAACAAAGUCCCCAGCUCCACCAGCAGGGACAAUGAAACCCCCAGCCCAACCUCCAGUGACAUCCAAGCCUCCAGCGCAGCAGGUUGGAGUCGAAAAGACUUUGUCUCAGCAGCCUGGGCCAAAGUCUCUCGCUCAGACUCCUGGUGUUGGAAAGAUUCCACCGGGGCCAGUAAAGUCCCCUGCCCAGCAGCCAGGGACAGCAAAACCCCCAGCUCAACAGCCUGUCCUGCAGCCUCUGGUUAAGGUACCUGGGCCAGCAAAGACUCCAGCUCAGCAAUCUGGACCUGGAAAGACACCAGCUCAACAACCAGGCACAGCAAAGCCUUCACCUCAGCAGCCCCUUCCAGCAAAGCCUCAGCCUCAGCAGCCCCUU